AGACUAUGGAGAAACAAGCUUUGAUACACAGACUGCACCAAUUAAAGUUGUCCAGCCAUUGAAAGAAGUUUACCUUUCCAACCCGACAAGCGAGCCUUAGCCUUAUAACCAGAGCUUGAAAGUGAAUUCUUCUUGGCUCACCACAGAAAAUGGGUAUCCCAAGAUAAGUGAAAGGAACAACACUCAAACAAAAGUCAUGAUGUCUUGAGAAUUGAGAUAAAAAAAAAUAAAAAAUAAAAAACUCUUAGUUGCAUUAAUAAGCUAUCCUGAUGCACAACCAUACUCAUCCAAGAAAUUUCGAAGAGCACGAAGGGAUUGGACAUUCCGACGACAAAAAAUAAAAAUAUCAUCAGCAUAUAACACAUAAGUAGGAGAGCAACAACCCUGUAGAGUUGAAAUAGUACUAAUAUGACUACUAGAGAAAAGCAAAGAUAAAUCCUUGCUCAUAGCUUCUUCUGUUUGAUAGAAAAUAAGGGGGCAAAGAGGGUCUCCUUGCCACUAUAAGAGCAAAAGAAAAACCUGUGAGAUGUACCAUUUACCAAAAUUAAAAGAUGAACUGACUGUAAUAGAACAUGCACCUAGUCUGCAAAAGUACAAGAAAAACCAAAACUGGAAAGCACAUGGAUAAGAAAAUUCCAUGAUUGAUAGAAAGAAUCAUAAAGCCAUCAAGUCCCGGAGCACUCGAGAGAUUCAUAUAUAAAACAGAUUUUUUUAAUUUCAUUAGCUUAAAGUAAACAAGAAAGAGCAAGAUUUUCCUUUCUUUCUAUUGUCAAAUUUUCUGUAGUCGACUAUAUUGUCAAACCAAACACCCAUGGUAAGAGAAAUUCUUCGCUUGGGAUGACAUAUGACACAUCGAUGGACGAGGCCAAAUACUAGUAGGUGAGAGUAGGGAUAGGGUUUAUUUAUGCCUUAAGCCAGACGACCAUGUGAUCCGAUAAAACAUUACUGGUAUGAAACUCAGAAUAAUGACCUAAGAAUUUCUCCCACUAUAGGCUUGCCAGUUGCCGCUGGGUAAUUUCCUAGUUAUCGGACACAACAAUAUUCAACCUUCCUAACAAACGAAAGAUAACAUAUUAUAUGUCUUUCUUUAUAAUUGUUUGACUUUUUAAAGCACAUUAAGAGUUGAUCAUACCUUUAGCAGAAAACCAGAAUCAUUAUCCUGAUUUAAGGUUAUAAUUGUUGACUUUUAAAAGCAUAUGAAGAGUUUGAUCAUACCAUUAGCAGAGAACCAGAAUCGUUAUCCUAAGUUAAGGCCAGAAAAUCUCAAUUACCUUGAGCUCACCUCAUCAAGCACAAGAAGAUGGCCGAGCUUGCAUUUCCGUUGGCAAGCAGACUCAUUGGAAGGCUCGGCUCCAUCGCUUCUGAAGAGAUUUGCUUGGCUUGGAGUGUUAAAGCGGAUCUCCAAAAGCUUGGACGCACCAUGUCCACCAUCAGAGAUGUGCUCUUGGAUGCUGAAGAGAAGCAAGCACAUAACAAGGAGCUACGCAGUUGGCUACGACAACUUAAAGAUGUGUUCCUUGAUGCGGAGGAUCUGUUGGAUGAGUUUGAGUGCGAAGCGUUGCAAAGGCAAGUGGUUCGUGGCAGUCACACAACUACAAAGGUACGCCGUUUCUUUUCCCGCUCUAAUCCGGUUGCAUUCCGCUUGAGAGUAGGUCAUGAAAUUAAGGACAUAAGAGAGAGGUUACAUGAGCUUAAAGAUGAUAAGAAUUUUGCUGAUCUUCGCACUGUUCAUCAUCACCCUCAUCUCGGUGAACAUGCGAGGGAGAAUAGGAAUACAACCCACUCCUUUGUCCGUGCUUCGGAGGUUAUUGGUAGAGAAACAGAAAAAAUUAAAGUUGUUGAUCUUCUAAUGAUACAAGGCGAUGAUCAUCAAGGUGGGGAUAAUGGCCGGAAUGUAUCUGUUAUUCCUUUAGUGGGAUUAGGAGGUUUAGGGAAGACCACCCUUGCCAAGUUGGUGUACAAUGAUCUGAGAGUCGCUGGGAGUUUUGACUUAAGAAUGUGGCAGCAUGUGUCAGUGGACUUUGAUAUCCAUAGAUUGGCAAAAGAAAUCCUUGGCUCUGCAGUAGGUACACAUAUCAGUGAAGGGUUGUCACUGGAUCAGUUGCAAGAGCAACUACGAGACGCUUUAAAGGAUAAGAAAUUUCUGCUUGUCUUGGAUGAUGUGUGGAACGAAGAUCGUAUCAAAUGGAGCGAGUUGAGAGAUUUGUUGGUAGAGGGGGCCAAGAUAGGAUCUAAGAUUUUGGUGACGACAAGGAAUAUCUCAGUUGCUUCAAUCAUGGGCACGGUUGGAACACACAUAAAUUUAGAAGUUCUCUCUUUUAAGGAUUGUUUCUCUUUGUUUGUAAAGUGUGCAUUUGAAGAAGGACAAGAAAGACAACAUCCAAGCCUCUAUGAAAUGGGAAAAGAUAUUGUAAGAAAGUGCGGAGGGGUUCCCUUAGCUGUGAAAACCUUAGGGAGUCAACUUUACUCAAAGACUGAUGAGCAUCAGUGGAAAUUGAUUAGAGAUUCUGAGAUAUGGGAAUUAGAACGAGAGGGAGCUGGUCAUAUUCUACCUGCUUUGAGACUUAGUUAUAAUCAAUUGCCCUCUCAUUUGAAGCAGUGCCUUGCUUACUGUUCAAUUUUUCAGAAGAAAUAUGUUCAGUUUGACAGUACAUCAUUGAUAAAUCAUUGGAUGGCACAUGGAAUCCUUGAGUCUUCUGAUCAUGGGAAGAUGGAGUUGGAAGAUGUUGGUGAGCUAUAUUUCAGAGAGUUGUGGGAGAGAUCUUUCUUUCAAAAUGUUAAAGUCUACAGUUUCUUCUAUAAAUUUGAUAUGCAUGAUCUGAUCCAUGACCUUGUACAAUCAGUCACACAAGGUGAGAGUUUUAUGGUAAACUCUGCAUGGACCAAAGCGGUCUCUGAAAAUGUUAGACAUCUAACAAUUUUGGAAAUUGGCCAAAAUGUUUCAACAACCUUGCAAAAGUUGAAUAAAGUGCGGACUAUAGCAGUAGAUAGUUGUAUAAAUAUUGAUGAAUCCUUCCUCUGCACUUGCAUUUCAAGAUUCAAAUAUCUGCGAUCGCUGAGAUUAGUCAAUGCAUUUUGGAAAUUGUUGCCGAGUUCCAUUGGUUCUUUGAGGCACUUGAGAAGCCUGGACUUGACUGGAAAUGGAAGAAUCACCGAACUACCCAAUUCAAUUUGUAAGUUGCAGAGCUUGCAAAGUCUGAUUCUCGGUAGAUGUGUGAAUCUUGAAGAGUUGCCUACAGACAUGGGCAAGUUGAUCAGCCUUAGAUACCUUGAAUUAACCACAAAACAAACAAGUUUUCCAGAAAAUGGAGUGGGCUGCUUGACAUCACUUCGUUAUCUUUUUCUUGGGGAGUGUCGUAAUCUAACGUGUCUGCCGCGUGAUACAAGUUAUCUUGCGUCAUUACACACUUUGAUGAUAAUCAACUGUAAACAACUUGAUUUGGUGAUGGAAAACUAUCAGGUAAUUCCACUAAGGCUCCAAAAAUUGGGGAUUAUAGGAGUACCACGAAUGGUGGCAUUGCCUGAAUGGUUUCAAGGAGCCACAAACACCCUACAAGUCUUGUUUAUAGUUAAUUGUGAGAAUUUGGAGGCAUUACCUGGGUGGUUGACGAGUUUCACAUCGCUUAGAAGGUUGGCCUCAUAUCAUGUCCCAAACUGUUAUCUUUGCCAGAGGAGAUGCGUCGCCUCACUGCCGUAACAAAAUUUGAGAUCGUAAAUUGUCCUGGUCUCGAGAGGAAAUGCCAGAGCAACACAGGAGAAGAUUGGCCAACGAUUUCUCAUGUUCCAAAUGUUUCUUUCGAAUAGAACAGGGCUGCUGUCUUCAAUGCAGCGGCCUCUUAUUUUCUGUCUUUGUUUUAUAUUGUCUAAUCUUUUGUUGUUUUUGAGUUGCUUGUAUUUUGUUCCGGCCGAUGUAAAUUCUCAUGUUGAUUUAUUGUAAUAUUACUCCAUUUUAAUCAACCUUUUAGUACAUCAAAGUACUUCCUUAUCA